GUCUGGCGCCAAGCCCCAUGUGGUAAUUGGUAGUGGUGGGGUUUGCGACUUAUGCCAUAUGCCAUAUGCCAAUGUGCCAUGGCCUCCAUCAAGUGAUUGAUAGACACAUCCUGAUUAUGCAGAUACGGCGCACUGCUCCACUGACGCAAGUGCCUCUCGCAGAUGUUGUAUACAGGUAGCAUGUUGCAUUCACUCCUGCUUCCUGAGCUGGCUCAAGAUUGGCUUCCUGUUGCAGGGCACAUGAACUCAACCGCGUUGGGCAUGGUCGUGCAGGUGUAUGUAUCCUUGAGAUGAGAGCGUAUCUUGCAUUCUGUCGCUACUGGUUAAUAUUCAGCAUACGUUUUGUCAAAGGUUGUGAAGCCAUGCGUAUGGGAAGACGUGGACGUCUGGCAUGGCUUUGUUGCCCACAACGGAGCCACCGAAUCAAUCGUGCCAUGGUUAAUGACCGAUGGACGAAGAUAUUCGGUAGUGAGCAAGAUGUCCUAGGAUGUUGUGAACAUGCUUGACGCAGCCGCUGAAGACGAGGACGUAGAGCUGCUCUGGGAGUAUUCGGUGUCAAAAGAUGGUUUUCGUUGUGCUGCGCGUUUGAAGGACGCGCUGCUUCAUGCCGCUAGGCCAGACGCCAGAUGCUAGCGUAUGAUCUUGACUAGCGUGUAUGAGCCUCUGGAUCUAACCGUCUUCGCCUAUUCCUCGGC